AGGAGGAGGAAGAGGAGGACGGUCCUGCUGUCACAGAUGGAAAUACAGCAGUAGGUUUGAGAAGGACACAUAAUCCUGUUUAUUUUGUCCUGAGUGGCACAGACGAGCAUUGGCCACAGCGAUACAAAAUCACAUGUAUUCGCUUUAAGACCCAAGCGGACGUCACAGGAGCACAUCGUCCACUAUGGAAACUUUAGCCGUCAUUUAAUUGCCGGCAGAAUAUUAUAACAACGGUGGGAUUCAAGCCGCAAACUGUGGGUUUUGGGCAAACGAGGUGAAGGUUUUUCGUUCGACCAGGCAACAGUUUAGAAAAUGUACAAGACACAAAACAAAGAUGUUGCCGAGACUGUACGCAUGCGCACUCUAAGGGUCGCGGGGGGCGCUGGAGCCUAUCUCAGCUACAAUCGGGCGGAAGGCGGGGUACACCCUGGACAAGUCGCCACCUCAUCGCAGGGACAACACAGAUAGACGGAGAAUAGACAAUGUGUCUAAUAUAUUUUUUAUUUCUGACCGUCCAAAAUGUUGACACACACAUGGAGGACGGAGAAUUCUUAUCUGUCAAUCAUCUGUCUUUCAAGUUCAAGUGGUUGCCCUCUUUGUGGUUGCUCGCCAUAACAUCCAGUCAGCUGCUCGUUCAGAAACCUGUUCAUUCCCUUCUCAUAUGCUGAAGACAGAAUGCCGAUCAUAAGCAAUGCCAACCACGACUUCAGCACCUACUCGAUAAGCACUGAUGACAGUAGCCUCGACCGAUUCUUCACUGAGAUCCCCGAGACAGAGACCAUCAAGGGAGUAUAUUUUCAGCAGGCCCAGUUACUGCGUGACCCCAAGGCCUCUUAUGUGGUUGAUCACACUCUUCAGGUUCUCAUCAACGUCGGGGGCAAUCGAUAUACCUUCCCCUGGAGCACGUUAGAGAAAUUUCCCCAGAGUCGCCUGGGACGCCUGCGCUUCUGCACCACGCCGGAGGAGAUCGCACACCUCUGUGACGACUACGACGAGACAUGCAAGGAAUACUUUUUUGACCGCAACCCGACUGCUUUCCGGGUCAUCCUUAACUUCCUCGCAGCGGGAAAGCUGCGUCUGCUGCGGGAACUGUGCGCCGUAUCCCUGCACGACGAGCUCGACUACUGGGGCGUCAAUCCGGGUCAUAUGGAGCGGUGCUGCCGCCGUCGCAUGAUCACCCGUGUGGACGAGGUGGCAGAGCGAGACCGCAAGGAAGAGGAAUGGAGACAGAAGAGGAUGAUCCUGAAGAAAAGCCCAGCAGAAAUGGAGAGAGGCUACCGCAAGCUGAUCUGGAUGCUGCGGGAAGUGGUGGAAAACCCUCACUCUGGGUUGGCGGGGAAGAUAUUUGCCUGCCUCUCGGUCAUCAUGGUGCUUGUCACUGUGAUCAGCCUGUGUAUCAGCACCAUGCCGGAUCUCAGAGAUGAAGAAACUAGGGGCGAGUGCUCACAGAAGUGCCGCAGCAUGUUUGUGGUGGAAUCCAUCUGCGUAGCCUGGUUCACUUUAGAAUUUAUGCUGCGAUUCAUAAACGCCCAGAGCAAGCUGGCCUUUGCUCGUGGUCCCCUCAACAUAAUAGAUGCUAUCGCCAUCCUGCCAUACUACGUGUCCCUGGUGGUGGAUGUCGGAGAUGAUUCUCGGGAGGAAGCCAUCAUGGGAGCUGGCAGAGGCUACCUGGACAAAUUAAGUCUCAUUCUUCGCCUCCUGCGAGCACUGCGCAUCCUGUAUGUGAUGAGGCUGGCGCGUCACUCCUUAGGCCUGCAGACACUGGGACUGACCAUGCAACGGAGCAUGAGGGAGUUUGGCCUCCUGCUGUUGUUUGUGUGCGUGGCCGUCACUCUCUACUCACCCUUGGUGCACCUUGCAGAGAGCGAGCUUGCGCCGUAUGCUGCCACUCAUCCACAACACAGCUUCAGCAGCAUUCCGGCUACGUACUGGUGGGCAAUCAUCUCUAUGACAACAGUCGGCUAUGGAGACAUGGUUCCGCGCAGUAUACCCGGACAGAUGGUGGCAUUGACUAGUAUCCUGAGUGGAAUACUCAUCAUGGCAUUUCCAGCCACUUCAAUCUUCCAUACCUUCUCUCGCUCCUAUCAGGAAUUAAAGCAGGACUAUGAGAGGAUUUCCAAGGAGGAGCGAGGCGAGGAAAUGGCAGAGGAGUUGGAGCAGAGGGGCUCCAGAGCAAAUAAGCUCACAUCUCUUUGCACAGUUGGUCACAUUGAUGGAGGGACAGACAGAGAUAAUAACGCUACUCUUCCAUGUACAGCUUUCUAGGAACCUUAGGAGGGGAACGAUUUAAAAAAAAGGUUUCAGUUGUUUUGAAAUGGUCAAGAUAUAUACUAUAAAAGCUUUUACGAGUAAUUACCCAAUAGCCUAGUCAACUGGGUCUAUCUAGUAAGAGAAACCUAUUUUGUUUUUAAGUCCCCCCCCCCACAAAUCCACAAAGAAAAGAAACUGAUGGGAAAUGUUAUCCGUAGCUUCCAUUCCAAACUAACAAGUAGAACAGUGAACUACAUACCACAAGAUUAGUGGCGGCUGCUGGUCUUUUAAGUGGAGGGAAGCUCAUUUUCAGCUCCGCUCUUAACAUGAAUACAGUCUCCAAUACCAAAUGCUAGAUUUUACAAAGAAAACGUUACUUAGAAGAUGGUAAAAUUGCUCUGACAUUAGUUUAUAUUUCAAGAUUGCAGAUUCGCUCAUUUUUCUGUGAAUAAAAAAUUGAUUUAGAAGACAGAUGAUCCAAUCAUCAUGUAAAAGCUCAGCGUUCAGGCCAGCCGAGACCAAGCACACUUUACACGGGGAAAAGCUGAGCAUUUAUCCAAUGACUGUCUUUUUUGGCUACAGUGGAACAACCCACUCUAUGCUCCCCCUUUGAAGUCAAUGGACGCUCAGCCUCUACACAGUUUAAUGCACGGUGACACGACCACAAUGAAUGACAAGAAAAUUGCCUCAGCUGUUGCGGAAGUAGCUGAUUAUGAACAAAAGUUGCAUGCAUUCUAGCGAAUAUAUAAUCAAUGAAAUGUUAACAACACAAAAGUACAUAUACUUUUUUUUAGACAUUUUAGGGGAAAGCUGAGCUUCCCUUGCAGCCUUAGAGAAAUCACCCCUGCACAAGAAGUGAGUGUCACUUAAUAUGAUUAAACUACUUCAGAUAUAAUAUAUAUAUAUAUAUAUAUAUAUAUAUAUAUAUAUAUAUAUAUAUAUAUAUAUAUGACAUGUUUAGAAAACAAAGAAACGGUGACCAGUUCUGAUAAAAGUUGAAUAGAUGCUUUAUUGCAGUGAUGUCAAAGUACAAGCCCCUCGUUUUUUAUUGACAUAUUCUAAAUCCAUUUUGCUGUCUUCAUAAUUUAGAAGGAAGAUGAAAGAGUCAAGAAUGGAAUCGACACAAUAAAAAUAUGAUAAGUAUAACACCUGUCUAUUCACAUCAAUGGCUGCUGCAGGAAGAGCCGCGAACCCACUUGCACACAUCUUGUAACAUGACAUUGCCUAUCUGCCCAGACAUGAUAAGCAUAUGUGACGCCGCAAUAUAUCUUCACCCCGCUGAUAUGGCUGGCAUAUCUUGUGGUUUUAACCAGCUCCUUCCUGAUCUCUUCUUUCUUCCUGUUAGAAACAGCUCCAUGUAUGAUAUUAUUAUGUAUUCAUCUUAUUUAGCUGUUGGGAAACCAGUGUUCUCUUAGCUAUGUGUGUAAGCGCUUUAAAUAGGAAAGUGAGGUCCUUGAGUGGAUAUUUGUGCUUAAUUGUUACUUAAAUUGUUUUGUUUUUUAGGGGAGGGCAUGUGCUCAUUAUAUAUUAUUCAAGCCCUGUGUGAGGUUCCUGUGCUGUAAAAAGCUGUGUGUGGUAAUAGUUGGCAAACACAAUGUAUCAGCAAUUAUAUUGUUUACUUACAAGGAUUAUUCUAAUUACUUUUAUUUUUUCUUCUUAUAAAUGCACAAAACAUUGAAACUGAUUUUUUUCCAUGGGAGCUUACAUAAAUAUUGUUUUAAUAUAUAAGAACAAAAGCCUAAGAAACAUUUUAAAGAAGUAAACAAACAAAAAGACUCCCUGAUAAAGUAUGAUAACUUGAGUAACGAUAAACAACUUGUUCGCUGUAGCAUACAAAAUGUAGAUGCUAACAUGUCCUCAGAUGCCACCAUGUGAUAACACCUCCAUUAUGCAAGUCAAACAUAAGGGAUGGCGUUAGCUGCCAAACUAGACUUUUACUUUGUUCCUCCUCUUAAAUAUGCAAAAUGGUUUCUGGUAAUGUGCUGCAUCAUUGAUGCAGGGCUAUUGUGCCAACUCUGUUUGACACUUUAAAUAUUUCACCACAAUGUCUGUCUUUUUUCUUUGGGACCUUUACUCUCUUUCUGCCUUGUUGUUGUUUUUACUCAUUAAACAAAUCAUUGAAGCAACAAACUACAAAUUAAAGCUUUUUUCUGUAAUAUAUGAAUCGUUGCAGCCAUAUUAAUAAUCAGAAAUUAUCCUUACAGCAAUAUUAUUGAGAUGUUGACCCAAAGGGAUAAUUUCAAUAAAAAAUUGUUUUGGUUAUGUUGACCGUUAUCACUGACAUGUUUUUGCAAAAGCAGAUUUGUGGGUAUGUCAAAAUCAAUUAACAAAACAGUACUAUAACUAGGGAGUUUUACUAGAAACAUGUGCUUUUGCAAGUUUUUCCAAACGGAAAAUUUAGUUUUAAACUCAAUAUGACAGUAAUGUUCUUAGAAUACGGAGAAAACUCGUUUGAAGCAAUAAACAUUUUUUUUUAUAGGAAAACUCCUAAACCAAACAUACAAUAUGUCUAAAUUUGCCUGUAUUCAUGUAUCUUUGUGAGUUUUACUACAAACAGCUGCUUUUGCAAGUUUUUCAAAUGCAAAAAUUAGUUUUUAACUCAAUAUGACAGUAAUUGAUUGAUUGAUUGAUUGAUUGAAACUUGUAUUAGUAGAUUGCACAGUACAGUACAUAUUCCGUACAAUUGACCAUUAAAUGGUAACACCCCAAUAAGUUUUUCAACUUGUUUAAGUGGGGGUCCACGUUAAUCAAUUCAUGGUACAAAUAUAUACUAUCAGCAUAAUACAGUCAUCACACAAGUUAAUCAUCAGAGUAUAUACAUUGAAUUA